ACCGAACGUUCUUCAAAAAUAAUGACGUCAUCACCCUGAAAACAAUCUGGUCAGUGUUGGGUUGAGCCACAUGAUUUGCUUUGCUGGGUCGCCGCCAUCUGUCGCCGCCGUCUGGCUCAGGAUCUUGCAGCAGUCAGGUGACGUUAUCAAUCAAUGCAUGCCCCGCCCACUCAGAGGAUUAGCUCACGAGGAACAAAAUGGAAAUUAAAGCUCCAAUAUGUAACAAGCCUACCUCAUCUUGCGUGUGCAUGCGUGCGGGAGGGCGGGGAGGGAAGGGGAAGAGAGGACACAUUUGGACUCAAGAGAGAGCAGCCGUGCUUUUUCUUGCCGCGCCUCUACCUCCUCCUCCUCUUUUUCUCCUCCAUGCUGGGGAGGAGAGUGUGUGUGGCGGCCAUGGCAAAGGCGCGUGUGUCGUUGGAGUUCUCUGAGGCGGAGGACCGCAGCAUCCGGCUGGGAUUGUUCCUGAUGGCGUGCGGGGUGUUGAGUCUCUUCAUUCUGGGUUUCUGUUGGAUCAGCCCGGCGCUGCACAGCCUCAACAGCAAGAGCGCCAAUUGCACUGUGGUGUCAGUGUUGCGUCCGGAGGAGACAUUCGCGUGCGUGUUCACCUGUGGCGCGGCCUGCAAGGGCACGUCGUUGUAUCCUUGCCUGCAGGUCUUCGUCAACAACUCCGAGUCUUCUUCUUUAGCUCUGUUGCACUUUGACGAGCAGCAGCUGGUUCUCAACCCCAAGUGUUCGUACGUCCCGCCGUGUGAGCGUGACAACCAGAAGAACCGCGAGAGCGUCCUCCGGUGGGAGGAGUACUUCAACCGGCAGCUGGCGGGUCAGAGCUUCACCUGCUUUUUCAACCAGCACAGGAGGCCCGACGACGUGCUGUGGCGGCGCUCGCAGGACGCCGUCGUGCUGCUGCACUGCUUCCUGUGGCCCACGGCGUCGCUGUUCCUGGGCGCGCUCAUCGUGCUGCUGACGGUGUGCGCGCGCACCCUCGCCGCGCGCGCCGAGGCGCUCCAGAAGAGGAAGUGCUCCUACCGCUCGUGCAGGGAAGCGGCGACGGCCCGCUGCUUUGGCCAGACUGUGGACACGAACUUUGACCCCGAGCUGCUGUUGUCAUCCAGUCCGCUGUUCUCCGUGCGGCGCCGCGAGCGAGAACAUUGAGGGGAUGAUUGUCCACCUGCCGGACCUCAAAGACGGAGUGUCACAUGAUCUUUUUCCCUCACUUCCUGUUCUUAAGGGUUGUCCAUUUUGGACGCCGCAUGUAGCGCUUCACAGUUUGAAUGUUUCAACUCAGGUCCUGUUUGUCUGUCUGUGGCUCCGCCCUCUUUCUGCACCACGUGACCCUGGUAGCCGCUUGCAGUGCCUAAUACACCUUUGAAUAAAAGUGUUUAUCAGUCGUCUGUGCAGGGGUGAGGGGGCGGGGCUUAGAUUGGAUGUUUUUCAAGUGCACAUGUACACACACACACACACAAAGGUAAUCAUUGGACGUCAAUAAUGAGGUACAUUUUUACUAAAAUAGUGCAAAGUUUACAUUUGCAGCGAGGCUUAUGGAAGCCUCCGGAGAGUAUUUACAUCGCUUCACUUUGUCCACAUUUUGUUUUGUUACAUCCUUAGACAAAAAAAUCAACAAUUUCCUUUUUGUCCUCAAAAUUCCACACACAAUACCACGUAAUGACAACGUGAAAAUGUUCACAUGUGAAUUAAGCAGAGGUGGGUAGUAACGCGCUACAUUUACUCCGUUACAUCUACUUGAGUAACUUUUGGGAUAAAUUGUACUUCUAAGAGUAGUUUUAAUGCAACUUACUUUUACUUUUACUUAAGUAUAUUUAUAGAGAAGAAACGCUACUUUUACUCCGCUACUUUUAUCUACAUUCAGCUCGCUACUCGCUACUAAUUUUUAUCGAUCUGU